UGCCGAAGGUCUUCCAGUAAAGAGCCUUCGUUCUGUCUCUCUCGCUUGAGAUCCACUGCUCUUUCGCUCUCUUCUUCUUGGUUUUAAAGUUCAGAAUUCAGAACGACGAAGAUUAUUGAUAGAUGAAUGAACGAUUUCCUAUCGCUGGAUAACAUGCAACAACGCAUUGUCCUCCGGAUUUUCACCUCCUAAGGACCAGAAGGAUCUGCUUUUAUGGACUCAAAUCAACAGAGAGGCUUCAUGAUUCGCCAAUUCAAUGCAGAGCGGUCCACCAUCAGUGGCUCAACUUCAAAUCUUCCAGACUCUUCAAGUACAGGCCGUUCUUUCACAUCUUCAUUUGCUGCUCAGUCUGGAUCAGCUCCCGUUUUGCAUCAUUCUGGAACCAUACAAGGAUUACAGAACAUUCAUGGGAGCUUCAACCUUCCAAACAACCCAGGCUUACUCACUUCCCGCAACUCAGCAGUAGGUGGGGUUUCCACAAGUGGUGUUCAGCAGCCUUCAGGAGGCCUUUCUAGUGGACGAUUUGUUUCAAACGGCCCUCCUGUGCCACUGUCUCAGCUCUCACAUGGAGGUUUGCAUGGACAUUCCGGAGUUACAAGUAGAGGAGGGCUAGGAAUGUCCACAAUCUUGGGUAUUGCAGGUCCCAGAAUAUCAAACUUGGGAGGUAAUAUUGUUGGUGGAGUUAACAUUGGAAGGGGCAUAAGUUCUGGUAGUGGGUUGGCUUGGCCCAGUCUAGCAUCUCAGGUGAGUUUAGCUACUAACAAUGGAUCAGGAAGUCUAAGUGCACAAGGAGCGAGUAGACUGAUAACAGGUGUUCUCCAACAAGCUCCACAAGUGAUGUCUAUGCUAGGAAAUUCUUAUCCAACUUUUGGAGACUCAAUGGCUCAGAGCCAAAUCCAAGCAGGGAAUAAUUUUUUAAGCUCUGUGGGAGUGCUAGAUGAUGUGAAUCCCAAUGAUAGUUACCCCUUUGACAUGAAUGAUUUCCCAUGGUUGAUUGGCCGUCCAAGUUCUGGAGGGCCUCAAGGACAACUAGCUUCUCUACGAAAACAAGGUGGUGGUGUUAGUUCUAUUGUCCAACAAAACCAAGAGUUCAGCAUUCAAAAUGAAGACUUUCCAGCUUUGCCUGGGUUUAAAGGUGGCAAUGCUGAUUUCACGAUGGAUUUGCAUCAGAAAGAACAUCAUCAUGACAACGCCAUUCCAAUGAUUCAAGGGCAACAUUCUCCUUUACAUUUGGGGAGGUCAGCAGGAUUCGGCUUAACUGGAAGUUAUGCAUCCCAUCGUCAGCAACAACAACAGCACCUUGCUUCAUCAGUUGGUAAAACUGGAGCCACAUUGGCUCCAGCAAAUUCUCCAGACUUUCUCCAGAUACAUGGCUCUGAAUUAUUCCCAUCUUCCCAUGGGAAAUCUGUUUCUUAUCGCUCACAGGUUCAAACGGGUGGCACUCCAAUUAUGGGAUUAAGAACAGUAAACACUUCGAUUGCAGCUUCUGAUUUGGCAUCAGAUGACCUGCUUAUUCAGCAAUAUCCACAAGAUCAAUACCAAUCCGAAUUUCGUAUACAACAGAUUUCAGCUCUUGCUCAGCCCAGAGAUCAGAAUAUGAAGUCCUUGCAUGGGGUGCAAGCCUCCCUUGAUAGAUUUGCGCUGGCAGGUUUAUUGAGUAUUAUAAAGUCCUUGGAUAUGGACCUGCAAUCUUUAGCUUUGGGAACUGAUCUUACCACAUUAGGGUUAAACUUGGACUCCAGGGAGGACCUUCAUCGAACUUUUGGCUCCCCAUGGUCUGAUCAACCUACUAAAGGUGACCCUGAGUAUCGUUUGCCUCAGUGUUACAUUCAGCCUGGACCCAGGCUACAACAUGGUUAUUUCUCAAAAUACAGGUUGGGGACACUGUUUUAUGCGUUCUACAGUAUGCCCAAUGAUGAAGCACAGUUGUAUGCCGCCAAUGAACUGUAUGCACGAGGGUGGUUCUAUCACAGGGAGCUCCAAUUGUGGUUCACAAGGGCUGGAAAUGGGGAGUCCAUUGUUGAAGCGGGCACCUAUGAGAUGGGAUCUUAUCAUUAUUUUGAUUCCAACACAUGGGAUACUGUUAGAAAGGACAAUUAUGUCAUUUGUCGCGAUAUGCUCGAGAAGAUACCGUCUCUACCUCAACAUUAGCCCUUAACACAUGGCAUGUUAGUGUUUUGUUGGAUUGUGGUGAGGGUUGUGACUUCAGCUUCUCUUCUGAGUGAUGGCUUCCCUUUUUGAGUGAUUGGCAAUACUCUCAAUUAAUAGAAUAUAUAUGGGGAGUAAGUUCAUGCUUCCUGGCUGAAACGCAUUUUGUGUCAUUGGAGGAAGGUCCUACGACAAAACCCCGAAGGAAGACAAGAUGAUGAAGAAGCUGCUUAUUGUCGCGGGUCAUUAAUGCACACAAUUGCUCCCUAAAACAUGUGAACAACUGCUGAAAGUCGAGUGAUUGCAUUUUUCUGCCUCAGAUGUCUGUUUCUUUUCCUCCUUGCAUAUUUUGAGGCAUUGGCCCUAAGAUAUAAUCAGUGGAUGCUAAAGUUACUAGUAAUGAUCUGUUGUUCCUUCUGCCUCA